AUGCGGGAAGUUAUCCGCGAGACCAGCAUCGGGCAGAUCGCGCGCCUAGUCUUCGGCCGCAAAGAUCUGUUCCCUUACCCAGAGGAGCUCCCCUCGUUCCAGCUCCCGGCGAGUCUACGCGCCGGUGGCCAAACCGCACUCCUAGAUCGCAAGCUAGAAUAUGAGCUAAACAAGCAAGAGGCAUUCACCUCCCGCCCUGUCAUAGUGGACUGGUACGGUGCCACAGACCCGGCCAACCCUGUGAACUGGCCGUUCAGGAAAAAGUUGUUCAUCACCACGCAGAUGGGCUUAUACACCUUUGCCGUUUACAUAGGCUCCUCUUUGUACGCCCCAGCAGAGGCAGACGUAAUGGCCUCCUUCGGCGCGAGUUACGAAGUGGCUGCACUUGGUAUCGCGCUGUAUGUGUUUGGAUAUGGGCUCGGGCCUCUUCUCUGGUCGCCGCUCUCCGAGAUGCCAGCAGUCGGACGCUCUGGUAUUUUUAUAGUGACCUUUUUCAUCUUCGUGAUGUUAGCACUUGGUGCCUCACUGGUUAAUAGCCUAGGCGGGUUGUUCGUGCUUCGCUUUCUGCUGGGCUUUUUCGGGUCGCCUUGCCUUGCUGCAGCUGGUGCUACUCUUGACGACAUGUUCGUGGCGUGGAAACUGCCUUAUGUGCUGACGAUAUGGUCGUCGUCGGCGACGUUGGGGCCGGCAUUGGGGCCUAUUAUAUCUGGGUUUGCGGUAACGGAGAAGGGUUGGCGAUGGAGUGGAUGGGAACUCUUCUGGAUGGCGGCGCCGGUGUGGACGCUCAUGUUCUUGACCCUGCCAGAGACGAACCCAGACACUAUCUUACACAGGAGGGCGAACCGUCUUCGAGCUCGUACAGGACGAUCUGAGUUGACAAGCAAGGAAGAUCUUAAGCGCGCUCAUAUGAGUGUAUCCCAGGAAAUUAUCUACGCUUUAAUCAAGCCCUUUCAGAUCAAUGCGCUCGACCCUGCCAUCCUCUACACCACAUGUUACGCCGCAGUUCUCUAUGCAACGUACUAUUCUUUCUUCGAGGCGUUCCCGAUGGUGUUCUCCGACAUGCACGGCUUUAAUCUUGGAGAGUCCGGUUUGCCGUUCCUGGCUUUUGUUCCAGGUCUUUUCAUUGCCGUGUUAGGCUAUAUUGGCUGGUUCCGACUCAAGGCGGAGUCUGUAAUGCGUCGGGAACCCCCGCCUCUAUACGGGUUUCCCGAAGCAAGGCUGAUUCCGGGAGUGGCGACGACGUUUCUUGCCCCGAUCGGGUUGUUCAUUUUCGCGUGGACCUCGCGACCAGACAUCCACUGGAUCGUGCCGAUCAUUGGCCUCACGAUUUUAUUUAUUUCCAUCUUCAUCGCAUUUCAAUGUAUGAGCUUCUAUAUUGCUCGGUGUUAUCCGAAAUACUCGGCCUCCCUAUUUGCCGCCAACACAUUCGCACGAAGCUCCUUCGCCGCUGGCUCGAUCUUAUUCUCUAGGCCCAUGUACGAAAAACUCGGCGUGGGAGGAGGAGUAAGUCUGCUUGGCGGCCUCUCGAUUCUGUGUGCCAUCGGGAUGAUCUGCUUAUACAUCUAUGGCGAUAGGUUAAGAGCUAGAAGUAGGUUCGCUCAGUCGUCUUAA